UAGGGAUGGAAGUGGGGAUCCCAACUCAUUUAGUUCCCGCUUCCCCCGCUGCCACAGAGGAAAGAGAGUGAGAGCGCUCGGGCUGCUUUGCCAUGACCUCCCGGCCACCUCCAGCCCGUGUUUGCGUGUUCCCCUGCAAGCGGCAGCAGCCCCUGCCAUGUAACAUGACCUGUGCAGCCACGGCCCUGUGCAGCGCAGCCAUUGAGCUCUCCCGGCACAUGAAUCUCUUGCGUGUCUCCCCCUCGCCCCUUUGAAAACUGAUCUUUGGCUCUUAGUGUGAAAGUGAUUUGAAUUUGGCUCGGCGGCGCUCUGCGCAGGCGUCCAGCUGCUGGCAUGCUGGCUCCUUGCAAAGCAGCUGUUUUGGGUUUGAAAUUCCAACAUGGCAGAGGCUGCAGUCAGUCUUCCCUUCAAAAACUUGGAAUGAUUUCAAAUCAUAGGCACCUUCACUUAACCCGAGCCCCUAUUCAUCAGCAAACACAGCGGAUCGAUGCUACUCUAACCUAUCGCGUUCUCGUACCAAACCUGCAGGUUAAAUGAAUACCUGACGAAAGGGCCCACGUUUCAAGGCAGUGACAUUUGAUAGCUGAGAGGAAAAGUGGCUUUAAUGAAAAGCAACCUUUGGAAUUCCUGCUUGUGAAAAAUCCAAUUCAGCUUUUUGUGCUGCCAGCAAGAAAUGAUCAGUAGCACCAGUGUUUAUGGCUUGAAGAUGCAGUGGACGCCGGAGCAUGCCCAGUGGCCAGAACAGCACUUUGAUAUCACUUCGACUACCCGGUCUCCUGCUCACAAGGUGGAAGCAUACCGUGGACAUCUGCAGCGCACCUACCAGUAUGCCUGGGCCAAUGAUGACAUCUCUGCUCUGACUGCCUCUAAUCUAUUGAAAAAAUAUGCAGAAAAGUAUUCUGGUAUUUUAGAAGGCCCAGCCGACCGACCCAUUCUUAGUAACUAUUCUGAAGCUCCGUCAGCACUGGUGAAUGGUCGGAAGAAUGAAAAUGAACCCUGGCAGCCUUCUUUGAACUCAGAGAGUGUUUAUCCUAUGAACUGUGUCCCGGACGUUAUUACUGCCAGCAAAGCUGGAGUAAGUGCAGCCCUCCCUCCAGCAGAUGUCUCUGCCAGUAUAGGGAGCUCACCUGGGGUGGCCAGUAACCUGACAGAACCUAGUUAUUCUAGUAGUACCUGCGGAAGUCAUACAGUACCUAGUCUUCAUUCGGGGCUCCCAUCUCAGGAAUAUGCCACAGGAUACAAUGGAUCUUAUUUACAUACUAGUUACAGUGGCCAGCCAGCACCUGCACUUCCAUCACCUCAUCCAUCCCCUUUGCAUAGCUCUGGCCUCUUACAGCCGCCGCCACCAGCCCUAGUCCCAGGCUACAAUGGGACUUCUAACCUCUCCAGUUAUAGCUACCCAUCUGCUAGUUAUCCUCCUCAAACUGCUGUUGGGCCUGGGUACAGCUCUGGUGGUGCCCCACCUCCCUCAGCAUACCUGCCUUCAGGAAUUCCUGCUCCUACUCCUCUCCCCCCUACCACUGUACCUGGCUACACCUACCAGAGUCACGGUUUGACGCCCAUUGCACCAUCGGCUCUGACAAACAGUUCUGCAAGUUCUCUCAAAAGGAAAGCUUUCUAUAUGGCAGGGCAAGGAGAAAUGGACUCCAGUUAUGGAAAUUACAGCUAUGGCCAACAGAGAUCUACACAGAGUCCCAUGUAUAGAAUGCCUGACAACAGCAUUUCAAAUGCAAACAGGGGGAAUGGCUUUGACAGAAGUGCUGAAACAUCAUCCUUAGCAUUUAAGCCAACAAAGCAGCUAAUGUCCUCUGAGCAGCAAAGGAAAUUCAGCAGUCAGUCCAGCAGGGCUCUGACACCCCCUUCCUAUAGUACUGCAAAAAAUUCAUUGGGAUCAAGAACAAGUGAAUCUUUUGGGAAGUACACCUCCCCAGUAAUGAACGACCAUGGGGAUGAGCACAGGCAGCUCCUCCCUCACCCAAUGCAAGGCCCGGGACUUCGUGCAGCUACCUCAUCCAACCACUCUGUGGACGAGCAACUGAAGAAUACUGACACACACCUCAUUGACCUUGUAACCAAUGAGAUUAUCAACCAAGGACCUCCUGUGGACUGGAAUGACAUUGCUGGCCUAGAUUUGGUAAAGGCUGUCAUUAAAGAGGAGGUUUUAUGGCCAGUGUUGAGGUCAGAUGCAUUCAAUGGACUGACUGCUCUACCUCGGAGCAUCCUUUUAUUUGGACCUCGGGGAACAGGCAAAACAUUAAUGGGUAGAUGUAUAGCUAGUCAGCUAGGAGCCACGUUUUUCAAAAUCACUGGCUCUGGGCUUGUCACAAAGUGGUUAGGGGAAGGAGAAAAAAUUGUUCACGCUUCCUUCCUCGUGGCAAGGUGUCGCCAGCCUUCAGUGAUUUUUGUUAGUGACAUUGAUAUGCUUCUUUCAUCUCAAGUGAGUGAAGAACACAGUCCAGUAAGUCGAAUGAGAACCGAGUUCCUUAUGCAGCUGGACACUGUUCUGACUUCUGCUGAGGACCAAAUAGUAGUAAUUUGCUCCACAAGUAAACCAGAAGAAAUAGAUGAAUCUCUUCGAAGGUACUUCAUGAAACGACUUUUAAUCCCACUUCCUGACAGCACAGCGCGGCACCAGAUAAUAGUACAACUGCUCUCACAGCACAAUUACUGUCUCAAUGACAAGGAGGUUGCACUGCUUGUCCAGCGCACAGAAGGCUUUUCUGGACUGGACGUGGCUCAUUUGUGUCAGGAAGCAGUGGUAGGCCCCCUCCAUGCCAUGCCAGCCACAGACCUUUCAGCCAUUAUACCCAGCCAGCUGCGGCCAGUUACAUAUCAAGACUUUGAAAAUGCUUUCUGCAAGAUACAGCCUAGCAUAUCUCAAAAAGAGCUUGAUACAUAUGUUGAAUGGAACAAAAUGUUUGGUUGCAGUCAGUGAUACUUCUUAAAAAAAAAAUUGAAAUGAAUGUUGGCACACACACAACCUGCUACAUAGGGUAUAGAACCCCUUUUCAGUAGUGUUAAAAUUGCAAAGGGUACUGGGAAGAUUACAAUUACCUUGCAUCUAAAGAGUCAGGGUAGACUUGAAGGAAAAGUGCAUCAAACAAGAGCUGUUGAUCUGAAAAACCACACAUGACAGAAAGCGUAUGUUGAUGCUCAGUUCUGUUCAAGCUAGACAACACUCACCAAGGAGCAAGGUGCAAGUGGGUUGAUUUCAGAAGGACAUGAACCCUGUGUGUUGAUUCCAUUCUGCUGUUCUUGAGAUUUAGUUGCUGUCAAGUGCCUGAAGUGGUGCUUUAUUUUUUGUUUGCCUCACAAUUACAUUGGUGGCAUGUGCUAAUAUAAAGAGCUUUAACUUCAAACAUUAUUGGACUAAAGAGAUGAACGGUUGUGUUGCGACAGAGAACCAGAUUUUUGCUAUUCUAAGAGCAACAGUAUUCCUCAAUCCUGUCUGUUCUGCAGUAUUAAACUAAGAACAGGUAAAACAGGGUAACGGUAAUCUGGACCUUAAUUUCUGCAGUUCAUUUCUUUUAAUGUUCUGUCUGCAAAAACUCAGGAAAGUGAUUGUGAUUUGUACAGUACCUCAAAGGAAUGUGUUGAAAGCACUAUGUACUGCUGAGAGUUAUAGGCUAGGCUUCAAUGUUACUUUAUAUUAAAUAUGUAUGUUUACCUCAACAAUUGGAAAAUGGCAAGGAAAUUACUUUGAAUGUAUCCAGGAAAAUACUGAAGUGUGAUAUGACUGAAUCUUUACAAUUUUAAAGUAGAAACAGAAGGAUUUCCCAGUGUUAAGAAAUGGGUCUUUUGCCAAUUUUGGGGAUCAGACCAGAGCAGAAUAAUUCUCUUCAUGUCAGUAAACUGGAAGAGUAUUUAGUAUCUUGCUCCUUGAUAAUUAUGCGAUACUGUCUUUAGAAGGUGCACAGAUGAAAAGAGAGCCACUUAAUCAGUUUAUAUUAGCAUCUGGAACAGUUAAACAUGAGAUUUGGUAGAACUCCGAGAAACAAAUUCCCUUAAACUAUGACUGCUGGCCUUUUAUUUCUUGGUUUUAGUUGUAGUUUUGUGCUUAUUUCGGUAAGGCUGCAGGGAAUGGAACCAUUGUAGGUCACUGGCAAGCUCAGUUGCAGGGCUGUUCAUAGCAAUGCAGUAGACUGUGACCAAACAAUACAAAUAACAAAGCAAAACUGAACCCUCAAAGUACAUUUUUUCCCCUCGCAAACUGUAAAGUUUAGUUUUUAUUGUAUACAUAUGGCUCCAUUGUCCUUACUGGAAACUUCAUUUAGUAUCUGUUAGAAAUCUUCCAGGCUGGAUUGUGCCCACCAUUAUUUCUACCUCAGUUUUGUUACAUUUCUCUUGAAAAGCAAAGUAAGAAAUAGGGCAAAAAAAAAAAAAUAAAGUCAGAUUUCAUUAGGAAUGCUAACCUGCUCAACGAGUUUCAGAGAGCUGCUGUUUUCCCUCAAGUCAAGUUUCUCUCUGUACCUUACACGCUCUCCUUUCUCUCCUCCCCCCACUACACAUACUACAGAGUCUUCCUUCUGGAAAGACUAGCUGGCAUGUGUGGCAUUUUGCUCAAUUCUUCCCCCGCCCCACAGUGUCUUUCUUUUUAUCCUUUAAUGCUUUAUGUGCAACUCUUUUCAUGACAGCUGACUGAUGUUGGGUAAUGUCUCUGAACAGGAGCAGAGUAUGCUGCAGCUGCCUCUGCCACUGCAUGAGCAGAACAGCCUUGCUUUUUUUUUUUUUUUUUUUUUUUUUGGAAUGUAUUUUUUUGUUUUGUUUUACUUUAAAGAGACAGUAACAAAACUGUUGCAAAGCACUGGCAUUUAAUGUUUCUGUUAAGUAAUGUACAUUCAAAAACAUUAAAUAAAUGCACUGAAAAGCCCCAAGAAGAGAGAUACCAAUCUGUUACCAGAUCAUGUUUGUCUUCUUUAAACAAAAAAAAAAAAAUUAUACAAUCUCAUUCUUUACAUUAAAUCAAUUGAAACUUUUAGCAUUUAGAAAGCUAAUGAGGGAUUUCAUGAUAUCACUCGGAAUUUGAUUCUUGAUUACUGCUUUCCUUUACCUUUCUUUUAAUAUAUAGAUAAACCAGAGCAAAUAAACCAAAAUUUAAUUUUAAGAAGAAUUCCUGGCAAACAUUGUCAAUCUAAAGUUUAUGUUUUAAACAUGAAAGUACCAUUUUUAAAACAGUGCCUUUCAUUAAGGAUACAGAAAGACUUAAAUACACCACCUGCUUUUUCAACAAGUGACUAACAUACACAAUCAUUCUUCUGACCCCUCUUCUGCCAUUUUACCUUCCUUAAUGUUGGUAAAUUCUGAUAUCCCCAUUAGCUGUAGGUUCAUAUUGAUCUCACUGACAAGUUUUACUAUUGCGGGUUGCUUACCCAUUUUCUGUCUUAGACAUUAUAUUUCAUGUUUGCCGUCAAGCUGUGCUCAUCUGAAAGGUUCAGGCAACUUUUGACAAACCAACUCUUGUUUAAACCACUUCUGAUAAAUCCCUAAUAUUAACAGUUUUUUGUGACUAGUAAAAGUAAUGCCAAAUUCUGGACUGCACGAGUGUAUUUUCCCCCACCUUUUACCUAAAACACAAUUAAAUGAAAUUAUAGAUACUCAUUUUGGCUUCCAGCUUUAAAUCAUUAUCUAUAAAAAAUACACUCUUGAGAAACUGACUGCUGAAAUGUAUCUUAAUGAACAUGACAGGCAGGCAGAAAAGACAAUGGGAAGAUGUGAAUGCCACAAGCUCAGAUUCCAGGGGCUUGAUUCAACCCUGCAGGUACGGAAGGCUGGAAAUUUCACCCCACGUCUAGCAGCUGCACCUGGGGCUAGGAGGUGAGUGGAUUCACCCUUCUCCCAAGAAAGGGUAGUUUUUCUUGCAACUCUGCCCUUCCUUGGAAGUCUUGUUAGAGAGACUUGCGUCUGAUGAAGUGGGCAUUCACCCACGAAAGCUUAUGCUCCAAUACUUCUGUUAGUCUUA